CACAAAUUAUCUUCCCUAAAAAAAUUCCGUUUGGCGGUUUCAACAAAUAACUAGCUACCUCAGCCAUGCUAGUGAGCAACAUGAUGGAAUGAGUGCAAAAAGUAGACUAAUUUUCGGCCGCAUUUAUCAUUCCGCCAUCAGCUUUUCAACCGAAUCCCAAUCAAUCCCUAACUCUGAGUUAUCCUCUUCCUCUUCCAUUGCCGCUAUUUUCAAAUCCUUCAAGAAAAAACUAGCCGUUGGGAGCCUUUCAUUCACACCAAGCUCCUUCAAAUCCUACGUAGAGACCUGCGCUUCCCUUCUUCGGCGAUGCUCCUGCACCCAUCGCUUACUUGCCGGUCUAGCCCUCCAUGGCCACGCCGUCAGGUGCGGCAUAUCGGCAGACCGCUCGGUUUUCACCAAGCUUCUCACCAUGUACUCUGAAUGCAACCGCACAGCUGAUCGGAAUCUCAUAUUUAUUGAAUUUGCUGGUUCUGACAUAUUUUCGUGGAACUUUAUUAUCAAUGAUUUUGCCCGGAGUGGCGAUAUUGAUUCCGCGUCUAAGCUGUUUGAUGAAAUGCCUGAGAGAAAUGUGGUUUCGUGGACUAUAAUCAUUGAUGAACUCAUGAAAAGAGGGAGAGUUCAUGAUGCCAUGGGGCAUUUUGAAAGGUGUCCUUAUCAUACAGUUGUGUCAUAUACAGCGACGAUUAAUGGGUUGGCUCGAAAUGGAAUGUAUUUUGAUGGUUUAGUAAUGUUCCGUCAGAUGAUUAGGUGUGGUUUGAUGCCAAAUGAUGUAACUUUCACUUGUCUUAUUUCUGCUUGUGGUGUGAGUGGUGAAUUUGACUUAGCCAAGAGUAUUGUUGGAAUGAUUGUGAAGAAUAAAUUUGACCAGAAUUUAUCGGUUUGUAAUUCUCUGAUCACGUUGUAUCUCAGGAUGGGAGAUGUUGAAAUGGCAAGGAGAGUGUUUGAUGGAAUGGUGGAGAGGGACGUUGUUUCGUGGACUGCCUUGCUUGAUGUGUGUUUUCAAAUGGGUGAUCUGAAGGAAGCUUGCCAUGUUUUUGAUGAAAUGCCUGAUAAAAACGAGGUCACUUGGAGCAUGAUGAUAGCAAGGUAUAGCCAGAGUGGUGAGGCUUUGGAGGCAUCAAGGUUAUUUAAUCAAAUGCUUUGUAAUGGCUUUACACCAAAUGUCUCAUCCUUCGCUAGUGUGAUCAGUGCAUCAGCUAUUCUUGAAAAUUUGUUACUUGGGAGGAGUGUCCAUUCUCAUGUUGUGAAGUUUGGUUAUGAGAAUGAUGUCUUUGUUGCUAGUUCACUUAUAGACAUGUAUUCCAAGUGUGGGAAAUCAGAAGAUGCUCGUCGGCUCUUUGACUCUCUUUCUGUGAAGAACAUAGUGUGCUGGAAUGCGAUGGUUGGUGGUUAUUUCUAUGAUAGAAGAAUUUUAGAAGCUAAGCAUCUAUUUAAUGAAAUUUCUGAAAGAAAUGCUGCCUCAUGGAAUGCAAUGAUCUCUGGUUUUGUUCAGAAUGAGCUAUAUGAGGAUGCUUUAGAAACCUUUAAUGAGAUGCUAAGUUCAGGGCAAGAGCCAAAUAGGAUGACAUUCUCUAGUGUUCUACUAGCUUGUGCGAAUUUGCCUUCAUUGGAGAAAGGAAAGACCAUUCAUGGUAGGACUAUUAAGCUCGGGGUAGGAACUGAGAUUAUUGUUGGUACUGCACUUAUUGAUAUGUAUGCUAAAUCUGGAGACAUUGAGAGCUCUAAGAGUGUAUUUUCUUUGAUGCCUAAGAAGAAUGAGGUCUCCUGGACUGCCAUGAUCCAAGGGCUAGCAGACAGUGGACUGGCCUAUGAGUCAUUAGCUUUGUUUGAAGAGUUGAAAAAAACAGACAUUAGUCCAAGUGAACCAAUGUUCUUAUCUAUUCUCUUUGCUUGCUCUCAUUGUCGAUUGGUUGAUAAAGGGUUUCACUAUUUUGAAUCAAUGGACAAAGCAUAUGGAAUCACACCUACGGAGAAGCAUUACACUGCCAUGGUAGAUUUGCUUUCUAGAGCUGGGCUGCUGAGAGAGGCUGAGGAGUUUAUUAGGAAGAUGCCUAUCAAGCCUGAAGCUAACACAUGGGCAGCUCUGUUGAGUGGCUGUGUUACUCAUGGUAAUGAUGGAAUUGGUGAGAGAGCUGCCAAGAUGGUGAUAGACAUAGAGAGGCAAAGGACUGCAGGUUAUGUUCUGCUUUCGAAUAUAUAUGCUUCUGUUGAGAGAUGGAAGGAUGUGGCUAAGAUUAGAAUGCUUAUGAGAGCAACAGGAGUCAAGAAAGGUGGAGGCUGUAGUUGGAUUCAGAUAAGAGAGGGUUUCCAUGCAUUUUAUUGUUGGGACUUUAGUCAUCCUAAUGCUUUAGAGAUUUAUGAGGUUCUGGAACUUUUGAUUCCUGAAAUGGUACCUUUUUUGCUGUAGGAAGUUGGCAGAAAGUUCUCUUCAUCAAUUUGAAUACCAGUGAAGUUUUCAUUGUGGGAUUGAACCAUAGAAGAAAGAUUUGGGAAUAAUGGAGGAACUAAGAUUUUAGUGAGAGGGGGGCAAACAAUCUUAUCUUAAAGU